AUGGACAACAAGAGAAGAAGUUCUUCCGCGAGCAUCAAUGGCGGAAGCAGCAUUGAAACGACGGUGACCAAGUUGCUUAUGUCUACCAAACAUUUAUUGCAAACAUUGACUCAAUGGUCUAAAGGUGCCGCCACGGGAAGAAACGUCUCGGAUGCAUACGUUCAAUUAGGGAACGACUUCAAGAUAGUCUCCAAAUUUUUUACUCAUGCUAAAGUGGACGUUUCAGAUUUGGGGGACGUCCCAUUGGAUUUAAGGAAGGUUCUAGAGGUAACUUUAAGAGAGCCUGCAUCUGACGAGACUUUAAAUAAGUACCUACCGGGAAUUAGAGAGAUUAUUGUCACAUUGCUGGAUAAACUUAAGGUUAAACAAGCACUAUUGAAGAAUAUGAGACAAGAUCAGGCCGUCAAGAUGCGUCAUCGUCAACAUUCUUCCAUUUCAAGUAAUGUCCCAUUAGUGCUCAAUUCAAGCGGUGGGGCAACUCCUAGCAUUGGUCACUCAUCACCAGAACAUAAGGAUAUUGGCACAUCCACCAAGGAAAAUACACCUACAGUUAAUACUUCAGACGACGAAACGACUUCUUUUGCUACUGCCCCUUCCAAUCAGACAGCCAUGUUAGAACCACCUAAAUCAAGAAAUUCCCAAAAUGAAGAAGCAUUAAUUCAAUUGAAGAAAGGUACUAACCUGCAAAGAAGAGCUUCAAAGAGAUACUCGGCUUACCACAUGGCUAAAUUGACAAAUCAGUCGACAACAGAAGCAGCUGCAGCUGCCGCUUUGGCAUCGAUCCCUAAUCCACCUCCACAACUUCCUAAAUCUAGUCUUACAGAGACAAUAACAGCAGCUCCUGCCACCAUUGAGGUUGAAAAAUUACCUAGCCCAACAAAGCCUGCCCUUAUCGACAACACAAAUGAUAAGGUAAGUGCAGACAAUAAUAUCUGCAGUUUGUUUCUCAUGUAUAAAAAUAAAGUGAAAAAGUGUCGAACUGUACUUCCAACAAAUAUGAACAGAUUGAGGCUAUUGUUUGUCGAGAGGUUUGCAUAUUCUCCUGGUGGUGAUUCGUUCCCUGAUAUUUACAUUAAGGACCUUAGACAUGGCGUUUUCUAUGAAUUGGAUGAUUCUAAUUUUUCUGAACUCCAGGAUGGGUCAACAGUGGAACUUCGAAUAGACGGUGGGAAGAAGGAGGUUGGACCAAUAAAUAACAUUCAAGAAAUUGGUGCUAUAAUCAAAUUGGAAGUGGCUAAAAGCCAGAAGGAAAUAAUAGACUUAUUAAAAUCAUCAAACUUGACUCAUUCAUCGGCUGAUGAAAAAAAUGUAAAUCAUUCAGCACCGGAAUCCACCACUAAUUUAACGAAAAUAGAUGAUGAGGCUGUUAAUAAAAUUAACCGAGAACUCGCUAUCCUAAAGCAAGUUCAUAAUUCAAACAAAACUAACAUGGAACAGAUAACCUCAAACUUAUUAGAGAAAGUUGCCAAAUUCAAAUCCAUGUCAUUCAACACCAAGACCUCAGCUAAUAAGGUGUAUAUGGAGAAAUCUCAAGCCGAAUUAGGAGAGGUUUCCGAUUCUUUAUUAAGUAGAGUUGAUGAUUUGCAGGAUUUGAUAGAAGUGUUGAGAAAGGAUGUGGCAGACCGUGGUGCUGAACCUUCUAAGAAAAAACUGGAAUCCGUUCAGAAAAUAUUAGAAGAUGCUGAGAAUGAUUUGGAGAAGAUGAAGAAAUUUAUUAGCACUGAAAAACCACAAUGGAAGAAAAUUUGGGAAGCUGAAUUGGAUAAAGUUUGUGAAGAACAACAAUUCCUCACCCUACAAGAAGACUUAGUGUUAGAUUUAAACGAAGAUUUGGCCAAGGCCGCAGAAACGUUUGGUCUAAUUAAUAUGUGUUGUGAAGAAAAGGAAAAGAAUCCAACUAGACCCAAAGCAAAUCCAAUAUUACCAAUUCUGAAACCAGGAACAUUCCACCAAGUUAGAGAUCAGAUGCUUAUGGCUGUUGAGUCUAUAAAUCCAGAUCACGAAAGUAGGUUGAAAGCUCUUGAUAAGGCCCAGAGAUUAUGGCAGAAAGAAAAAGAAUUCAAGGACGGCGAUGAGUUCGAGGAUGAGUUGGGAAACUUUGUGGGUAAUUCAAAUCUAAAGAAAUCUGGAGGGGUUGAGGAGGUUGAAAGACUAAGAAGACAAAGGGAUGAAGAAAACUUACGUGCGAACUUCGGUGGCGUUUUAUGA